GAGGCUCUGACUGGGAGUCUGUCAGCUCUCUCUCUCUCUCUCUCUGUUCCUCCCAUCCCUUCUGUGUGAUCUUAAGAAUCCUUCCAAGGACCUGCAUGUACAACCACCACAAAACACACAGCAGCAGCUACAUAGCCUCUACAAGGACACUCACCCUUAGAUUUGUACUGACCCUGCCAUGGCAUCUUCACCAUAAAGGGGGACAGUGGCACCAGCUGAAGGAAAGCAAGGAGUCGUUUGGUUUCCUUAUCAGUUCCCAAAGUGGCUUAAGGAGGAGCUUGUAAAUUUUUUCUUGCUUGUUUGGAGAUGGUAACAGAACACAGAAGACAUCACCAAGUGUGGGAAGUGGUGGAGGAAACCCUGAAGUGAAUGACAGGAUACAGGACACUGCAAACACUAAGGCACAAUUGUCCCUGCUCCUUUAGGACAUAUUUGUGUGUUUUCCUGGAACUGGACUAAGGAAUAUAGGAUUUGUAAGGAAAUUUUGCUUUCUUAUCACUUGAAUUGUUACCAAUCCAGCCUGAGGAUGCCUUGCAGGUUGGUGCUCUGGUGCUGCUGGGUGAUGCUCAUCUAUUUAGCUGGUGCUACUAAGGGAGACAAGUGCGGUGGGACUAUAAUGAUCGAGGAACCCGGUUACGUUGUUUCCCCCGGAUAUCCGAACUCGUACACCUCCUCGCAGAAAUGCGAAUGGAUAUUAAAGAUCAAGUCGCCUAAAAAGGACCAGAGGAUUCUUAUCAACUUCAACCCACACUUUGACUUGGAAGACAGAGAAUGCAAAUACGACUAUGUGGAAGUCUUCAACGGGGAGAAUGCAGACAGUCCUCUUUUGGGCAAAUAUUGUGGAAAAAUUGCACCAUCAGCUGUGGUGUCCAAUGGACCAUCCUUGUUUAUCAGAUUCGUGUCAGACUAUGAAACGCAUGGAGCUGGAUUCUCAAUUCGCUAUGAAAUCUUCAAAGCAGGUCCAGAAUGCUCCCAGAACUUUACGUCAGCAUACGGAGUUAUCAAAUCCCCCAAAUAUCCAGAGAAAUACCCCAAUAAUGCCCAAUGUACAUACAUUAUUUUUGCACCAAAGAUGUCGGAGAUCAUUAUGGAAUUUGAAAGCUUCGAAUUGGAGCCGGACACUAAUGCUCAAGCCGGGAGACCGUGUCGAUACGACUACUUGGAAAUAUGGGACGGCUUUCCUGAAGUGGGACCCCAUAUUGGACGUUACUGUGGACAGAACAACCCAGGACGAGUCCGGGCCUCAUCUGGAAUCAUGUCCGUUGUUUUUCAUGCAGACAACGCGAUCGCAAAGGAAGGAUUCUCUGCAAACUACUCUGUAUUACAGAGCAAUGCAGAACAAGAUUUCGAAUGCAAAGAAGCCCUCGGGAUGGAAUCUGGGGAGAUAACUUCAGAUCAGAUCACGGCAUCUUCACAUUAUAGCACCAACUGGUCCACAGAAAGGUCAAGACUCAACUAUCCGGAGAACGGAUGGACACCUGGUGAGGACACGGUUAAAGAAUGGAUACAGGUAGACCUGGGACUGCUCCGAUUUGUUUCUGGAAUUGGCAUGCAGGGAGCCAUAUCAAAGGAAACCAAGAAAAAGUAUUACGUGAAGACGUAUAAAGUUGAUAUUAGCUCCAAUGGAGAUGACUGGAUUACCCUUAAAGAUGGAAGUAAACAACUGCUAUUUUUAGGAAAUACCAACCCAAUUGAUGUUGUAUACGGUGCCUUCCCCAAGCCCGUCCUCACCCGUUUUGUGAAAAUCCGCCCUGUCACAUGGGAGACUGGCAUUUCAUUACGAUUUGAAGUCUAUGGCUGUAAAAUUUCAGAUUAUCCCUGUUCUGGAAUGUUAGGAAUGGUUUCAGGACUUAUAUCCGAUUCCCAAAUCACAGCGUCCAAUGAGUUUGAUCGUAAGUGGCUUCCGGAGCAUGCCCGUCUUCUGACCAGCCACAAUGGUUGGGCACUGCCACCUCCAACUAAUCAUGUAUACAACAACGUGUCGCUGCAAAUUGACCUCGGAGAGGAAAAGACUGUGCGAGGAAUUAUCAUUCAGGGUGGGAAGCACAGAGAGAAUAAAGUUUUUAUGAGAAAAUUCAAAAUUGGAUAUAGCAGUAAUGGGCAAGACUGGGAACCUAUCAUGGACUCAAAAAAGAACAAGGCAAAGAUAUUUGAAGGCAACACAAACUAUGAUACUCCAGAAUUGCGCACAUUUGCACCCAUUCCAACCAGAUUCAUCCAGAUCAUUCCCGAAAGAGCAUCGGUGUUAGGACUUGGCCUACGAAUGGAGCUGUUGGGUUGUGAAGUUGAAGCACCAACAAUUGUUCCCACCACCCCCAAGAUCAGCGCUGAAGAUGACUGUGACGACGAGUUGAUUCCUUGCCACAGUGGGACCAGCGAAGACUACAAGCUCACAGCAGGAACUACAAUUCAGAGUACAGAGACGCCGACGACCGAAGACAUCACAAAAUCAGAGCUACCACCCAGUGACCUGGACUGUAAGUUUGGAUGGGGAUCAGAGAAGACCAUUUGUAAAUGGGAACACGACAGUAAUGUAGGGCUGAAGUGGACAGUCCUGAACAGCAAAACGGGCCCGGUACAGGAUCACACAGGAGACGGCAACUUUAUUUACUCCGAAUCCGACGAAAGACACAGCGGUAAAGUGGCCCGCCUCCUGAGCCCCGUGGUGCCUUCCAUAAACUCUGCCCAGUGCAUGACCUUCUGGUACCACAUAUCGGGGUCUCACGUCGGCUCUCUGAGCGUAAAACUACAUUACGAGAGACAAGAAGGCUUCGACCAACUCCUCUGGGUGGCUGGGAGCGACAGCAAAUUUCACAACACAUGGCGAGAAGCCCGAGUCCCCCUGUACAAGUCCAUAAAGCCGUAUCGGGUGGUGGUGGAGGGCACGAUUGGCAAAGGAAGUACUGGAGGAAUCGCCGUGGAUGAUAUCGCCAUUAUCAAUAAAAUUGCUCCUGAAGACUGCAAAGGGCCUGAGCCACCAGAAUCUGGAGCAGGUACCGUGGACCAAACAAAUGUUAAACAAGGUAUCACACCUAACUAUCCUGGUUGGAACAACGACACAGUUAUCCGGCAUCCAGGGGGUGUACUGAAGAAUUUGGACCCCAUUCUUAUCACCAUCAUUGCAAUGAGUGCACUGGGGGUACUCCUAGGAGCUAUAUGUGGCGUGGUUCUCUACUGUGCCUGUUGGCACCAAGUCAUGUCACAGAGGAACUUGUCAGCCCUAGAAAAUUACAAUUUCGAACUGGUGGAUGGUGUCAAGUUGAAAAAGGACAAACUAAACACACAGAAUACAUAUUCAGAGGCAUGAGGAAGCGGCAAGAGGAAACAUAAUGUUGCAGAUACUUUUGGUGAAAAAGACUAAAGUCAAUCUUGGUGAAGGCGGACCGAUGAUCUUUUACUGUUUAGGCUAAAAAAAAAGUGCGUUGGUUGUCGUGAAGCCAAACUUCUCUCAGGAGCUUCAGUGAAUAUACCUGAAAACUAUGAACGUAUAUACAAUCUGAAUCAUGUACAGCUGGCUUUUCUGUUUGUUAUUUUGUUUCCGGAUAAUCAGAUGCUGGUGUUGAGACCAAUUUUGAUCGAGUUUAUGGUUUUGUAACCUCUUGUUUCGUUUUUGUUCUGUUUCCUGCUGCGGAUACUUCUUGGUUGUGCACCGAACCCGAAAUGUGGUCACGAGACAAAACACUGAUUUGGGGGGGUUUCGAACGGGGCACCCAGACUUUAGUGUCCUACUCCCUACGCAUCAAUGGACUCGCAGCACAACUACUUCAUGUUUGUGCAUAUCUGUCUGUGCUGUAAACAAAGGCUUAGGAAGUCCCAAAAUGUGCCACUAUGAUGUUUUAUGGCAUUUUUGAAGCAAAGCUAUCCAUUAUUGUUGUGUUUCAGUGUUGUUCUGAAGCAUAGUGCUUAAAAAAAAAAGUCUAUACAGUACAUGCACCGUCAUCAAAUGCAAUGGCAAUAGGGGGUAUCGGUUUACCCUUUGAGGAAAUGUUGCGGCACUAGCUAGUGGAUGUCCUCUCAAGUGCCUUUUUGUGUUUGUGUUAGUUUUGACUGUAUUUUCACUGAUUACAAUAAUCUUCUUUUUUUUAUCAUAGGCCCUUGUCAAUAACUGUGUACUAGAAUGGUCAUUUUUUUUACAAUGAUCUCAAAAAGGCAAGGGCUUUAGGUAAACCACCAACAUGGCUUUUAUUUCUGAAAAUUGGUUCUUUUAGUUUUUAAAUCGAAACCACAAGUUUAUGGUUAAAAAAAAGCUGCAAUAUCCUAUUUGUGUUCUUCUCUGUAGAAUGUAUUUAACAGUUUGUACUCAACUCCGAGUAGACAAUGUAAAGCUUCUGCCAUUGACUCAGAGGCAAAAAGCAGCUCUGUGGCUGAAGACCAUCCUUUUUGUUUCAAUCGAAUAAGGGAACGUUCUGACAUUUACCCUACAAAGUUUAACUUUGACUUUCUGUUAGGAGGUCCGAAGCUUCGGUAUCAUUUUUCCAAAAAGUCAGGUGCUUAUGAAAUAUCAUGUGGUAAAGAAGAGGGGAGAACAGAAUUGUGUUUCUCAAUGCAGAUCCAUCAACCUAGGUUGGUUUCUAACCCAUAGGUAUGCCACAAAAUUGCUUUCUGGACCCUUAUUGUUAUAAAAAAAACAAGUAAAAACAAACAAAAAACCCUUAGGACUAUACUACAUGAGCAAAGUAUGAUAGCACAAAUGGGCCUCUGAAAUGGCCAAAGUUCAGUCACCCUUUAUGGAAUUUAAGUUUACCAUUAGCCAAAGUUUCAUUGCGCCAUGAGCUCGACAUAGAUUCAAAAUAAAUUCCUACAGAGUGCUACUGAUCAUGAUCAUGGAUGAUUUCAGUAGGAUGGUCACCCUAUGAAUAUUAAGGAGAUAUAUAUAAAAAAAAAAAAGGAAGAGAUGCGCUCCUAGUGGAGAAUCAUAAGGUGGGUUUGACGUGUGGGCGUGUCUUUUGCACCUUACCGUGUAGCGUUGUGCUGAGGGCACAACACCUUGAUGAGCUUGUAGACUCGCUGGGGUUUGUAGUUGAAGAUAUGGGCGGCAGCCUGGGCGUCCUUCACCGUGACCUCCAGGUCGUGGUGUAGCUUUAGUAUGAGGAGAACCGAAAAGAUAGGGCUUGCUUAGCCCUUGGCGCCUAUUCCCCAAGUGGAAUAGGCGCCAAGGGCUAAGCAAGUCCUAUCUUUUCGGUUCUCCUCACCCUAUGAAUAUUGACUUUAGUAACUCAGAUCUCAAAGCGUAUAGUUGACCAUACACAAUUAUUUCAUCUGAUCACCCCAUAUACAUGCACUCUUGGUUUGCCCAAGCAUGCAUGCAUUUCCUCUGGAGCAAGGAGGUAUAAGCCUCUGCCAGAGUCUGGCAACAACUUUCCCCCAGAGAACAAAAGGAACUGGCAGAUAAAAUCCAACAGCUUGGUGGUUAUCUCCCCCGUCAGCUGCCAUUGGGAAGGAAUUGAGAGACCCCCAUACACAUCAGAUUGAAAUUGUCAGCUUUGGCGGAUUUGUAUCUAAUAUUUAUGGCUAGCUUAAGAAUUUAAGGUCCCCAAACACUUUAGUCAAAAGUCGACCAAACCCGCUGACUUUGGCAGGACGGACUGUCUAAGGCUGGUUCACUUUUGUGUCAGAUGUCUGUUCAAGACCUUCGUCACAGAUUUCAUUCGGGGCCGGAAAACAGAACAGAAUGGUUUGUUGUUGAUACCAACAGAUCCUGAAAGAUCCCAUUGACGUCAUUGGGGUCCAUCUGUAUUCUGUCUGAUGUCUGCUUAUUUAGCAGGAUUUAACUGGACAAAAAAUAUUGCUUUCAGUAAAAAAAUGUUGUCCGGUCAAAUCUUGCUAAAUAAGUGGAAACUACAUUGGAGCCCAAGUUAACGGAGCUCAGUCACAAAUGUGAACCUAGCCUAAAGUGUAUUUUUGUUUCCUCACCCCAACAGAUAAUAUCGGGGUAGAGAUAAGUCGUGCCCAGAGGUGUCUGACAAAGGCUGUUGCUUCCUCCCUCUUGAGAACAAAAUAAACAUUCAGAAGUGUUAAACGUUCAUGUGUAUGCUGACAUUGGGGGAGAUACCUGUUAGCCAAACGAAUGUUGAAAGUGUAUGGUCACCUUUACACUAUAGAUUUUGGGUUCAUAUAUAAAAUUGAACUGUCAUGAAAUUGUAUAAUGAUAUAAAGUAAUUGACCAUAUACUUAGAGUAAUGUAACUUUUGUUACCGUAGGUGCUUUGACCAUUACUUUGUGCCAUUGUGGUGUCCUAGGUUGUCGCAAAUAAUUGAGAAAAUGCAAAUCAGUAAAUUUUCUGAAUCUAAGCAGACAGAUAAAUCUGCUCAUUUCCACCAUAUCAUAAAACGUUUGCCUUCAUGUCCCCAUGUACGUUCCAUUGAUGAUUGGUUUUAUGUGCAUUGCUUUUACAAUAUGUUGUCGGGUGUUUUAGAUUCAAAUUAUUCACAAUUAGUAGGAUUGUAAUUUAUUAUUUAUUGCUUCUUUAGAACAUGUUAGAAUUUUUAGAUGUACCCUUGGCUUUAAAAUCCACCCAUGUCUCGCCUGCUCCUGGAGAGCACAAAACCGGGACAGCAAAUAGAUCCUUAAGUUAUGACCACGAUACUGUAUGAACCUGCGGGAAAAAUCUUUGCUGGCUGCUCUUAUGGUGAUCAAUAAAUACAGGUCUGGAUGACUUGUACGCCUGUGAUUUCACAACAGGAUUAAGUGUUGUCAUAAAAUCACAGCCGAAAUGAUGUAAUAAAAUUAGAGAGUAAUGGCCUUGUCCUCUGCCGUGUACUGUACCGGGCCCCUAACCUCCCUAUGGCAUCACAUAGAAGAGACGGGAAUAUAAGGUGCUACAAACCUCUGCCUGUUUGUUACGUGUUGGUCACAUCGCACAAAUACUAAGGGCAAAAUACAAAGGCAGAUGUCUCAAUGACACCGGAGGUCUAUGGGACACUUGCCCAUCCUUACAUACCCUCUCAGCAAUGAAUACCACCCUUUCCUCUUCACAUUGAAAAGGGAAGGGAUGGGUUUGGUGUUAUGCUUCAGAAAAUCCCUCUGUGAACUUCCAAGAUCUCAUAAUCCCCUCUUACUGCAGUUAUAGUCCCAAUUUUCCUCUCGGACUAUGUUACAAAAUGUCAUAAUAGUCUGAUGUGUUGCUAAAAACAGGCAGGACCUAGUUUCUGAUGGAAAGGCGGUUCAUGAAUGCUGGUUCUUUUCCAUUUAAAGGGGUACUCCGCCCCUAGACAUCUUAUCCCCUAUCCAAAGGAUAGGGGAUAAGAUGUCAGAUCAUCAGGGUGCUGCCGCUGGGGACCCCCGCAAUAUAGCAAGCAGCACCCACCUGUAACUGCUUCCGAAAGAGCUGUCACGCAUCCUCCCAUAGACUUGCAUUGAGGGGGCGGUGCGUGACGUCACACGGGGGCGGAGUCGUGACAUCACAAUCUUCCGUCCCCGUGGUCUUGAGGAAUUAGCCUGAGAGCCUCCAGUGCUUCCGGGAACCAGUUACAGGUGGGUGUUGCUUGCUAUAUUGCGGGGGUCCCCAGCGGCGGGACCCAAGCGAUCUGACAUCUUAUCCCCUAUCCUUUGGAUAGGGGAUAAGAUGUCUAGGGGCGGAGUACCCCUUUAAAAGAUUGUGAGUUCAAGAAAGGGUAUCAACAUCUUUAAAGAUUGUGGAGAUCUCAAGAGAUGGACUGUCUGAGAUGCCACUUCACCAGACCAUUGUUGUAAAGGUUUUAUAUGGGAUAACCAUUGUUACCACCCAUCUUAUAUUUUAGAUAGUCCUCUGUUAUCUGACUUAACCACAACCUGAAGAACAAUUCCAAUAUAGUCAAACUCCUCCUUGCUAAAAAUUUAUGGUCUACAAUUAUUUUUUCACAAAAAUAGAAGUAUAAAGCAAGAUCUGUGCUAUACAAAUGUUAUCCGAAUUUAGACUGUUUGCUGGGAAAACAAGAGUAUUGCUUUGUCACAUUUUCAUUUUCGUUGCUUAUCACAUUGGUGUUUUAUUCCUUUAUAUAGAGGUUCUGUAAUUUGGGAAGUAUAGUGUAGUCUUCUGCUAAGACAGGGAUACCAGUGGAACCUGAUGGGCCCCAUUAUAAGUCAAUGAGAUUUGCAGGGAUUUGUUUACGGUAAUUAACUAGAGUGUGAGCAGAGGCAUACUACACUAAUCCUUUGUAUAAUUUAAGAAAAAGUUAUUCAUUUAGAGAGUGUUGUAUUAUAUUGCUUUUCUAGCACCUUUUUAAGCAGCACCCAAGUAUUGCUUGGGUUGUGAUUUGAUUUUUGCGGGCAUUUUGACCUUUUUGUAUAUUUUGUGUAUAACUUUUGCCUGUUUUUUAUUUUUUUUAUUUUUAUUUCUCAUUAAUCAAAACUUAAUGGCCAAAAAGAAAAUUCAAAACACAUUAAUCAUAAGGCCGGUUUGAGAUGAAGGUGAUAUGGCCACAUAGAGAUAUUUGAUGCUUUCACUUUGAUUAAUCAGAUCCAUGGUCUUAUAUGUAAUAUAGACACAAAAAUACAGCCGUAAUACGCUCGUCUGAAACCGGGCGAAAACUUGAGCUCUUAUCAUGGCACCGAUCGAGGUGAUUCUGGGAAAAAUGAUACUGAAUCUUUAGAACUGAGAGAAAGGAAUCUUGCACUGAAAACUAUAUUUAAAAUUAUAUGUUGAUAACAUUAUUAACUCUUUGCCAACCAGAGAGGGCGCCGCCGCCCCCCCUCUGCUUGGACCAGAGGGUUUGUUUGUAAAGGCAGUGUUAAAGAAAAUUGUUCAUUUAUAUUUGUUUUAGAUUGUUUCAUAAUUUUGAAAAUGUAAAAUAACAUAUUUUUUCUUUAUCGAAAACUAUUAAAAAAACUUUUUUCUGUAGUAAAAUGAUUUCAUUUUACUGGUAUAUUAUUGCUUCAUGUUUUGUAUCAUCAUGAAAUUUUGUGCAAAUUUUUUUACAGAAAUUUUUAUUUUGUAUGACAAUAUGACACUUGUAAACUGUUGUUUUGGAAUGAACUGCAAAGCCUUAACUUUGAACGACAUUUGUAUUCUUGGACAUUGAAUUGCAUAAUAUCACAUAAAAUAGAACUGUAACUUAAUUCCCAAACGAUGACUACUACAUUCCAAAGAUACAGUUGAAAUAAACAUUUUCAU